AUCGUUGGUUUUUCGAGUUGGCCCUUCUUUCUUUUUUUCUAUAAAGGUUCUUUUACCAGUUCUCCUCUUCUCUCGAAUCUUUCUUACCUUAGAUCUUAGAAAGAAGAAUAGAACACUCUCAGUGAUCCUCCAGCAACCUUCCAGUAUCCUCUUCCCUUUUAGUUCCUCCUAUCCUUCCCAUCGCCGAAUUCUUUUGUUUCCCGACGUGGAACCCCAGUCAAGAUCCUAUCUGACAUAAAUAAUUAUCCUGGACCAAAGCAACAGAUACCGCAGCAAACCCUGGAGUCUUCCUUUUAAUAAAAAAUGAGAGAGAAGAGGAACGAGAAAAAUGAGACAAGAUAAACUUUCAAGGUUUUCGUUUUGAUCUGUUAUGCUAUUUUACAAACGUUUCAAGCAGGUCAAUCGAAAUACCAAAGAUUUUUCAAAUCUACGUAUCUACCUGUGAACAUUUUUCAAAUGUUUUUUCAAAUGUUAAAUAUUUACAAUGACAAACUCAAUGUUUAUGAAGGUAACAAAAUAAUUGAGAAGCGACGAAUUUUUCUGUACGUAUUAUAAUCUAAUUUGAUUUCAGAUUUUACGUCGAAUCGUCUUAAACUUUGAUCAAUGUUAUGCAUUAAUUAUAAAAAAUUAAAAAAGAAGAAAAAACAAGAGGGACAAGAUCUACAAGAUCGGGACUCUAAUAUUAGAAAUUAUAGAUAUUUCAGACGCGAUGAUAUCAUCCUUACUUUAUUCAACGCCUUACUAGAAAAUAUAUAUAUAUGAUCCAUCCAAGAUCAGUAAAAGUUAACUCAACGAUUUAAUGACGACGAUCAUAUUCAUCUGACCCAUCCUAGCGGCGCCUGUCGUACACGUUUCAUAUAAUAAUUCUCUCUAUCUUACCUAUUUUGUUCGAGAUUUAUCCUCCUUUUAUCUUGAGCCGCUGAAUAACAAAUUAUACCUUAAGAGUCCCGAUUUUCUUUUUUGUUCUACCGCGAUCAUCAUUCGCAAAUCUAAUAUCGGUUAUCCCAGGGACGAUUUCAAACGUUUUACUUGUAAUCUAUGCAAAGCAGAAAGACUAUCACGUUGAACAACAACGCUUCCAGGCACAUGAAGCAUGAAUCCUUCUUCUUCUUCUUCUUCAACAUCGUACUUGCAACAACAACAAAAAGGGGGAUGAAAAAGGACGUGAAGAACGAACGAGUCUUUCAAGAAGAUAGAAAAAUGAUGCUGAACAAUUUUGAUCAUUGUCAUCGAGUUUAUCCUGACACAGGACAUGCAGCACCGAGCCCGGUGAAAAAAAGACAGCUGCUAUGGCAAGAACAACGCCGAGAACAAGUAUUCGAGCCACCACCGAUCAUUUUCAUCCUCACCCUCGCAACUAUCGAAAACAACAACAACACGAACAAGAGGCUUGCGUUUUCAAGGUCACCUUGGCAAGGCCCUCGACCUCGUGGAUGGCAUGAGAGCUCAUCAUGUUCAUCAACCACCGACACUGGCCACGAGCGCUGUCGACAUUCAACAUCUUCGGGGUGACAUUAAUUCUACUAAUCGUCCUCAGCUAUUACAAUGUCUCCGCGGAUCUUAAUUCGGAGUUCGUUAAAGGGAAAAUCUGCAUUGGAACAAAUGGUCGUCUCUCCGUGCCGUCCAAUAAACAACACCAUUAUCGGAAUCUUCGAGACCGGUACACCAACUGUACUUACGUCGACGGUAACUUGGAGAUUACGUGGCUGCAGAAUGAUACACUCGAUCUCAGCUUUCUUCAAUAUAUACGAGAAGUCACCGGUUACGUCCUCAUUAGUCACGUGGACGUCCCGAAAUUCAUCCUUCCUAGAUUACAAAUCAUACGUGGAAGAACCCUCUUUAAACUCAAUAUACAUGACGUGGAAUUCGCCCUGUUCGUCACGAUGUGUCAAAUGCAAAAUCUGCAGAUGCCAGCCCUCAGAGACAUUCUUAACGGAAGCGUGGGUAUGUACAACAACUACAACCUCUGCCACAUCCAAACUAUCAACUGGGAGGAAAUAAUUACGGGUCAAGGUGGAAAAUAUCUUUACGUGUAUGAUUUCCCUUCUACGCGCGAACCCAAUUGCACGGCAUGCGACAAAAGUUGUGAACAGGGUUGCUGGGGAGAAGGACCUGAGAACUGUCAGAGGUUUUCCAAAACGAACUGUUCGCCACAAUGCUGGCAGGGCAGGUGUUUUGGCUCGAAUCCACGCGAGUGUUGUCAUCUUUUCUGCGCCGGUGGUUGCACUGGUCCUAAACAAAGCGACUGUCUCGCUUGCAAGAACUUCUUCGAUGAUGGAGUUUGUACGCAAGAGUGUCCGCCAAUGCAAAAGUACAAUCCAACGACUUAUUCGUGGGAAGCUAAUCCAGAUGGAAAAUAUGCUUACGGAGCAACGUGUGUCAGAAAAUGUCCGGAACAUCUUUUAAAAGAUAACGGAGCUUGCGUAAGAUCUUGUCCACCAAAGAAAAAAGUUUUAAAUGGCGAAUGUGUACCUUGUGACGGUCCCUGUCCAAAGACUUGCAAGGGAGUUGAAAAGGUUCAUUCCGGUAACAUCGAUAGUUUUAAAGAUUGCACGAUUAUCGAAGGAUCCAUCACAAUUCUCGAUCAAAGCUUCGUAGGAUUCCAAGACAUUUACCCGAAUUUUACUUUCGCCAAACGUUAUAAAAAAAUGCAUCCUGAUAAAUUGGAAGUGUUCAGUACGUUAAAAGAAAUCACAGGAUAUUUAAACAUUCAAGGCGAUCAUAAAGAUUUUACAAAUCUUUCAUAUUUCCGUAAUCUCGAAGUGAUCGGUGGUAGAACCUUAACAGAAUAUUUUUCAUCUUUGUAUAUCGUAAAAACAUCCUUGGUAUCAUUGGAUUUGAGCGCAUUGAAAAAAAUUAAUUCUGGUGCUAUUGCCAUAUUGGAGAAUAAAAAUUUGUGUUACGCUCAGAGUAUUAAUUGGAAUAGAAUUAAAAAAUCCUUGGAACACGACAGCUUGUAUAUGAACAACAGAAAUGAAUCCGAUUGCAAAGCAGAAAAUUUGGUAUGUGACGAGCAAUGUUCGGAUGAAGGAUGCUGGGGUCCUGGACCAGCUCAAUGUUUAUCUUGUAGAAAUUUCAUUUUAGGUAAUGACUGCCUUCAAAAUUGCAUUGCACCUGGGAUUUAUCAGGCAGAUGACAAAACUUGCAAACUUUGUCACGAUGAAUGUGAUGGUUCUUGCACCGGACCGAAUGCUGAACAUUGUACCAAAUGUAAACACGUUAGAGAUGGUCCUUACUGUGUUCAAGAAUGUCCCUCUUCGAAAUAUAACGAUAAUGGUCAAUGUAAACAUUGUCAUGACAAUUGUGUAGGCGGUUGUGAAGGUCCAGAAAACAACAUAGGAGCUAACGGAUGCCACAGCUGUGAAAAAGCUAUUAUGAAUGGUCAUAUACCUGAAGGAUGUUUACAGAAGAGAGAACCAUGUCCAGAUGGGCAUUACUACGAGUGGGUUAGUCCACUAGAGCAAGGUGCUUUAAAACCUCUCGCAGGUAAAUCCGUAUGUCGAAAAUGUCAUCCACGUUGUAAGAAAUGCACGGGCUAUGGUUUUCACGAACAAGUGUGUCAACAAUGUACGAAAUUUAAAAGAGGAGAACAAUGCGAGGAUGAAUGUCCUGCUGAUCAUUUUGCUGAUGCUGAAACGCAAUUAUGUUUACCAUGUUUCGAAGAAUGCCGUGGUUGUUUCGGAUCUGGACCUAAUCAAUGUUACAAAUGUCGCAAUUACAAAAUCUACAUAGAUGGUGAUCCAAAUGAUAAUACAACAUCUUUCAAUUGUACCGAAACUUGUCCUCCGGAAUAUCCGCAUAAGGUCUUCCUUCAGGAUAAUGAGCCCUACUGUUCCUUAGAAAUCGUUGGUCCUGGCUUUCAAACAGACAACGAACUUCGACCAGCUAUCGUUGCCGGUGCCAUAGUUUUCAUAUUGAUUUUCGUACUAGUUGUAUUGAUAAUCACUUAUCAAUGGAGAAUGCAUGCAAAAGCUAAAGAGAAUACAGUCAAAAUGACGAUGGCAUUGACAGGCUUGGAUGACAACGAACCACUUCGACCAACAGGUGUUAAACCAAAUUUGGCGAAGUUACGUAUAAUCAAAGAAGAAGAAAUGAGAAAGGGUGGCAUAUUAGGUUUCGGUGCUUUUGGUAACGUCUACAAAGGUGUUUGGGUUCCGGAAGGUGAGAACGUCAAAAUUCCAGUCGCCAUCAAAGUUUUACACGAAGGUACAGGCACGAAUACUUCGAAAGAAUUUCUCGAUGAGGCAUACAUUAUGGCUAGCGUCGAACAUCCAAAUUUGUUACAAUUGUUAGCCGUUUGUAUGACAUCUCAGAUGAUGUUGGUAACACAAUUAAUGCCAUUAGGCUGUCUCUUGGACUUUGCGCGAAGGUACAAAGAUAAAAUAGGAUCGAAGGCUUUAUUGAAUUGGUGUACACAAAUAGCAAGAGGUAUGGCUUAUCUCGAAGAAAGAAGGCUGGUUCAUAGAGAUUUGGCUGCACGCAAUGUCCUCGUACAAACGCCUAAUUGUGUGAAAAUCACGGACUUUGGGUUGGCGAAACUUUUGGAUAUUAAUGAAGAACAAUAUAAAGCAGCGGGUGGGAAAAUGCCGAUAAAAUGGUUAGCAUUGGAAUGUAUACAACAUCGAGUUUUUACUCACAAAUCCGAUGUGUGGGCAUUUGGUGUUACUAUAUGGGAAGUACUCACUUAUGGUGGUAGACCCUAUGAACACGUGCCAGCAAGAAACGUUCCUGAAUUAUUAGAAAAAGGUGAAAGACUGCCACAACCUAUUAUCUGUACCAUAGAUGUUUAUAUGAUUAUGAUCAAAUGUUGGAUGUUGGAUGCGGAGUCAAGGCCGAGUUUUAAAGAACUAGCCGAAGAAUUUGCUAAAAUGUCUAGGGACCCUGGUCGAUAUCUAGCAAUAAAAGGAGACAAAUACAUGAGGCUACCGUCAUACACUUUACAGGACGAGAAGGAAAUGAUUCGAAAUCUCGCAUCAGCUAUGGAGGGACCCGAAGCAUUAGUGGAUGCCGAUGAAUAUCUUCAACCAAAAUCGAGAGCACCUGUACCACCUGGCAUUUCAGUAUCUAGUACUUCCGAUUCACCACCAAAUUCGCCUGUUAAAACUUGUUGGGCAAAUGGCAAACCACUCGCCGGAGAUUCUCCUAUACCGCAAAAUCAACAAAACUGGGAUAGAGAAUUAUUGAGGUAUAAUUCGAAUCAUGGAAAUGCAAAUGCAACCCACGAGCCUGGAAAUUCCGGACAACAACACGGUCAUUAUGCUCAUCCAAAUGGCCAUUGCGGACACGUUGUUGGUUCCGAUAAUUCAAGUUCGAGAUACUGUUCUGAUCCAUUAAAGAUGGUCGUUGUCAGAGACUGUGACGUAACAGACGACUGCUAUUCUACCGAGGUAAAUGCGGCACAUCAACAAGCACAAGUGGGCAAUCUUAAAUUAGAUUUGCCAUUGGACGAAGACGAUUAUUUAAUGCCAUCGCCACAACUUCCAACGAAUACUACUCAGUACAUGGAUCUCAUAGGAGACACAAAACCUACAGACUCAGAAACAAAACGAGUGAACAGUGGUUAUAGAAAAUAUCCAGAAUUCUUGACAAUUCAAGGGAAAACUUCGUUGGAUAAUCCAGAAUAUAUUAUGUCCCAAGACGAAGGACCUCUCACCCCUCAAACUUUAGGAAUUCCAACGCCAGAUUUAGAGAAGGGCUUAACUAAUGGGACGUUUGGUUCUCAAGUUCGACAAAGAAGUUCCGAGGAAGAAUCGGAUCACGAGUAUUACAAUGAUUUCGACAGACUCGAACGUGAGCUACAACCGUUGAAACCUUUUAGGAAAAACGAGACUACCGUUUGAUUAUAUUCAAAUUGUCAUUGUAUUAUGCAAGACAAAUAAGAUUUGAAAAAUGAAAAGGAUAUGUCAUUAAACAAAUGAGGAAAAUAAAGAUGGAAUGUUACGAGAAAAACAUUCGCAUUUAAAGAAGGAUUACUCAAAAAUGAGUACGUCUUACAGUACUUACAAAGGACGCUUUCAUUCAAGUGCCGUGCUCGAUUGUGAUUAGAGUUAAGUCGUAUAGUACCAGGAACAGUGAAAGAUUAUUAAAUUGAGAAACAGAAAAAUAGAACGUAAGAUAAAUCGGACGACUUUAGAUAAAACAAAUCUGCGAAAGCAAGCGUAUAUUAUACGUUAUCCGCGUUCAAGCGAAGAAAAUAGUGCAAACGUUUUUCUUAAUGUGCCAUUUGCCAUGGCUUGUAAAUAAAUUGUUACCUUCCAAAUCUGUAAGUUUUAGUGAGCUUUGGCGUAAGGUAACGGCAUAAGGCUGCACGAACAAUACAUAAUUGUUUCUCUUUCCUUUCACUAUGAAAAAUUUCCUAUCCUAAAUUUCCUACUAAUAAUGAUAUAAAUAAUUGAUCGAAAACAUCUGUCUCCAUAUAUUAUAUAUGAUAGUAUGACACGAUAAUUCGACAACAAUUUCGUCCUGAUGGAUGGAUGGAUACAACCUUGCCUCAAUGACUGACCAUUUAGAAAUAUCGAUAAUUUUGAAUAUAUUAUUAUAUAACGCGACGCGAGCAAAUCCCUAUAUAUUUUUGAGAUCUAAAAAGAUCUAUGAACAUUUGAAUUUUUGCCCAUUUCGGAGCAUCGUGCGGUUAGCCGCUGACUGUGAUACAAAAAAAAAAAAGACAUUCUAUUUUACCUUGGGAACACUUAAAUAUUGUUACGGCUAUCCUUAUAUCUUUCUUUAGCUCAUUUAUUUUGUUUUUAUUAUUUGUUAUUUUAAUACAAUACUCUCGAAUAAAUUAUCAACGAACGAAAUAUAUAGAGAAAAAAAAACAAAGUGACGAAGAAACGAUCAUCGACACCCAAAUUCCUUA